AGAAGCUCUGGGGCUCGGCGGCGGCCCCCGUGGGGUGGCGGGGGGCGGGCGUGGUCGGGUCAGGUGAGUGCCCGGCGGGGCCGCCGGGAGCCAUGGCCUGCUCCGUGGUCCAGUUCUGCUCCUUCCAGGACCUGCCGGCCGCCCGCGACUUCCUGUUCCCUCAGCUGCGGGGGGAGACCCCCCUCGGCGCCCUGCGGAGGGACCCCAGUAAAUCAGCGAACUGGGAAGAUGAUGGGUGGGGAGCAUGGGAGGAAGCGGAGCCGGCUCUUCAAGAACCGGAAGAAGAAGGAAACACUUGCAAAACACAAAAAACUUCCUGGCUUCAAGAUUGCGUUUUAUCCUUGUCGCCAACCAAUGAUCUUAUGGUGAUAGCCCGGGAGCAGAAAGCUGUAUUUCUAGUGCCAAAAUGGAAAUAUAGUGAUAAAGGAAAGGAAGAAAUGCAAUUUGCUGUUGGUUGGAGUGGCUCUUUAAAUGUCGAAGAAGGGGAGCAUGUCACCAGUGCCCUGUGCAUCCCACUGGCAAGCCAGAAAAGGAGUUCCACGGGCCGCCCUGACUGGACCUGCAUCGUGCUGGGCUUCACGUCGGGUUCCGUGCGCUUCUACACGGAGAACGGUGUGCUGUUGCUCGCACAGCUUCUGAAUGAGGACCCUGUGCUGCAGCUUAAAUGCAGGACCUACGAGAUCCCACGGCAUCCGGGCGUGACUGAGCAGAAUGAAGAGCUGAGUAUCUUAUAUCCUGCUGCCAUUGUGACUAUUGAUGGAUUUAGCCUUUUUCAAUCUCUUCGUGCUUGUCGAAAUCAGGUAGCAAAAGCUGCAGCUUCAGGCAAUGAGAACAUACAGCCACCACCAUUAGCUUAUAAGAAAUGGGGUCUGCAAGAUGUUGACACUAUCGUUGAUCAUGCUAGUAUUGGUAUUAUGACGCUGUCCCCUUUCGAUCAAAUGAAGACUGCCUCCAAUAUCGGUGGAUUUAACGCAGCCAUUAAGAACAGCCCACCUGCCAUGUCUCAGUACAUCACUGUAGGGUCCAAUCCGUUCACUGGCUUCUUCUAUGCUCUAGAGGGAAGCACACAGCCGUUGCUCUCUCACGUUGCCCUCGCCGUUGCCAGCAAACUCACUUCUGCUCUGUUUAAUGCCGCCAGUGGUUGGCUUGGCUGGAAGAGUAGGCACGAGGAAGAAGCUGUCCAAAAGCAAAAGCCGAAGAUGGAGCCAGCCACCCCAUUAGCUGUAAGAUUUGGGCUUCCAGAUUCUAGACGCCAUGGUGAGAGCAUUUGUCUAUCUCCCUGUAACUCUCUGGCAGCAGUAACGGAUGAUUUUGGCAGAGUUAUUCUAUUGGAUGUAACCAGAGGAAUCGCAAUACGCAUGUGGAAAGGGUAUCGGGACGCCCAGAUUGGUUGGGUCCAGGUGGUAGAGGACCUCCACGAAAGAGUCCCAGAAAAGGGGGACCCCUCCCCCUUUGGGAGUCCCCAGGGCCCCAGUCGAGUGGCUCAGUUCCUCGUGAUCUACGCGCCGAGGAGGGGGAUUUUGGAGGUGUGGAGCACACAGCAGGGACCCAGAGUGGGCGCGUUCAACGUGGGCAAGCACUGCAGGCUCCUGUAUCCUGGCUAUAAAAUAAUGGGCUUAAAUAACGUCACCAGUCAGAGUUGGCAGCCACAGACCUACCAGAUCUGCCUAGUGGAUCCCGUGUCUGCAGGUGUGAAAACGGUGACUGUUCCUUUCCACCUGGCGCUGAGUGACAAGAAGAGCGAACGGGCCAAGGACAUGCACUUAAUGAAGAAAUUAGCAGCCUUGCUGAAAGCAAAAUCUCCCAGUCUUGAUUCGGUUGAAACAGAAAUAAAGGAAUUAAUUCUCGAUAUUAAGUACCCUGCAACCAAAAAGCAGGCUCUGGAAAGCAUUUUGGCAAAUGAACGUCUACCAUUUUCCUGCCUUAGAAACGUCACCCAAACUCUCAUGGACACUUUGAAAAAUCAAGAGGUGGAGUCUGUUGACGAAGGGCUGCUCCAGUUCUGUGCCGGCAAGCUGAAGCUGCUCCAUCUUUACGAGUCCGUCAGUCAGUUAAAUGCCCUUGGUUCUCCUGCAGACACGUCGGUCUCUGAGAACGACUUGGCUGUAUUGCUAAGGCUGGAUGAAAAGGAACUCGUGAAGCUCCAGGCAUUGCUAGAGAAGUAUAAACAAGAGAACAGCAGGGCUGCUGUCCGCUUUUCUGAUGAUCAGGAUGGUGUGUUGCCUGUGAAAACAUUCCUGGAAUAUCUAGAGUAUGAGAAGGACGUGAUCAACAUAAAGAAGAUGGAUGAAGAGGAGCACGUGGCUCUAGGCAGCUUCUUCUUUUGGAAGUGUCUGCACGGAGAGAGCUCCACGGAGGACAUGUGCCGCACGCUGGAGUCGGCGGGACUCAGCCCGCAGCUGCUGCUGUCUCUGCUCCUGAGCGUGUGGCUUUCUAAGGAGAAGGACAUCCUGGAGAGGCCGCAGUCUGUCCGCUGUCUGCACACGACACUGUCCCUCCUGAGCCGGAUGAAAGUGGCCCUCGACGACACGUGGGACUCCCAGUCGGUGUCCCCGUGGUGGCAGCAGAUGCGCACGGCCUGCAUUCAGUCUGAGAACAACGGGGCUGCCCUGCUCUCCGCGCACGUGGGGCACUCGGUGGCCGCGCAGAUUUCGGACAGCGCGACCGAGAAGAAGUUUUCCCAAACAGUUGUGGGUGCGGACGCGGAGGCCCUCACGGACUCCUGGGAGGCCCUGUCUCUGGACACCGAGUACUGGAAGCUGCUGCUGAAACAGCUGCAGGACUGCCUCAUCCUGCAGACCCUGCUGCACAGCAGAGCGGACACGCGCCCCGCCAGGGCGCCCUCGCUGCCGGCCGAGCCGCUCCCCCGGCUCUCCGUCAGGAAGCUCCUGGAAGGAGGGAGAGGUGGCAUCGCAGACAGUGUGGCCAAGUGGGUAUUUAAACAGGACUUGAGCCCCGAACUAUUAAAACUGGCUAACGAAGAAAGAGAUGCAGAAAACCCAGACGAACCCAAGGAAGGUAUCAGCCGAGGUUCAUCUGAGGUGUCAGAGGUGGACGUGGACUUGGGAGCCAUACCAGACCUGCUGCGUGCGGCCCGUGAGCAGUUCCCGUGCAGCCUGGAGCUGGACGUGCUGCACGCACACUGCUGCUGGGAGUACGUGGUGCAGUGGAACAAGGACCCGGAGGAAGCACGUUUUUUUGUGAGGUCAAUAGAACACUUGAAGCACAUCCUUAACGCACAUGUUCAGAACGGCAUCGCCCUGAUGAUGUGGAACACGUUCUUGGUGAAAAGGUUUUCUGCUGCCACCUACUUGCUGGAUAAGGUUGGAAAGUCACCCAAGGAGAGGCUAUCCAAGGAGAGGCUAUGCCGGAGGGACGUGGGGAUGAGCGACACGGCGAUGACCUCUUUCCUGGGCUCCUGCUUGGAUCUCCUGCAGACGUUAUUGGAGGCGGAUGUUGGCAGGGAUGAGAUGCAGCCGCCGGACCUGGAGACGGAGGACGCGUGGCUCGCGGUCGAAGGGCCCAUCUCCAUCGUGGAACUGGCCCUGGAGCAGAAGCCCAUCCACUACCCGCUGGUGGAGCACCAUUCCGUCCUGUGCUCCAUCCUGUACGCGGUCAUGCGGUUUUCUCUGAGGGCCGUGAAGCCACUGUCGCUUUUCGACAGUAAGGGGAAAAAUGCAUUUUUCAAAGACCUAACUUCAAUUCAGUUACUACCCAGUGGAGAAAUGGAUCCAAAUUUCAUUUCUAUACGACAACAGUUCUUGCUGAAGGUUGUCAGUGCCGCUGUCCAGGCUCAGCACGCGGGCGCCAGGGAGAAGGAGGGCUCAGACCCAGCCCCAGCCGCUCCUCCUGGACAAGACCUGGUGUGGCCAGUGCUGGCCGUGGACUUGGCCCAUCACCUUCAGGUUAACGAAGACGUGGUGAGGAGGCAUUACGUGGGGGAGCUCUACAACUACGGAGUGGACCACCUCGGGGAAGAGGCCAUCCUGCAGGUUCAAGACAAAGAGGUCCUUGCCUCUCAGCUGCUGGUGCUGACGGGGCAGAGGCUGGCGCACGCGCUCCUGCACACCCAGGCGAGGGAAGGCAGGGAGCUGCUGGCCCGACUGUCACCCACUCUCUGCACCUGGCUGAAAGCAAUGGACCCCCAGGAUCUUCAAAACACAGAAGUGCCAAUUGCAACGACAGCUAAACUCGUGAAUAAAGUCAUUGAGCUUUUACCGGAGAACCACGGGCAGUACAGUCUAGCCUUACACCUCAUCGAAGCUGUGGAAGCCAUAGCCAUUCCUUCUCUAUGACCCGUCCACGUGUGUGACUAGCACGUGAAGUAGUGCAUGGUUGUUUUAUAUAGUCAGAGCUGGGAUUUGAUGGAGGGAGUCUGUCUUUUUUUUUUUUCCUUUUGUAAAAUGAAUUUAAAAAUAUGUAUAUUACUUUUAAAAAGUACAGUCCUGGCUCAGUUCCACUCCUUUGGUUAAUACCGAAGGUAAAAUAUAAACAAGUAUCAAUUAUGGCAAAAUAUGAACAAAUAUCAAUGAUACUAUUAACUACUCAUACAGAUGUUUUCCUGUUUAUAUCUAAUUCAAGCACUUAAGUAGCUUUAUUGUUAAAUUUUGCUAUUUAAAAUCGGUUAUAGUUUACAGAUUAUGUUCUUAUUAUAGGAUUCUAUAUUUCAUAUGCAAAUGUUAUUGUUCUAAGUAAAUUCCAAUGGUCAUGUAAAUACAGUCCCAUCAGUAAAAUUAGAGAAACGUCCCACUCACUCUCCUUUCACAACUGUUAGAAGAUGCUUUUGUUACGCGCUUAAUCUCUCACGGGACUGCCACCCGGAGUCCUGGAAGCUGACAGGUUCCUUUCCCAGAGGACAGCGCCCUUGCAAAGGAGUAACACAGUCAAGGUCAUCGUAUCCAUCAGAAGGGACAUUAGCUAGAACCCCUGUUCUGGUACCAAAGGACCUGCCUGUACUUGCCAAAACUGAGAAUCUGAGAUGUGAGCCACACACCAAAAUUAAUGAUAACGUAAGGUAAGGCUUGCUUUUUGCCAAGAUUCAAAAGCGUAUCCACAUCAGGUCAUUGUAAAAAUGUAUUAUCUUGUAAAACUUAUGUUUAAAAAAGGGGCAAAGAUGCUAAAAA